AUGAAGGGUUUAAAAGUUCGAUUUUUAGUUGUACUGGUAAUAACCUUGUGCAUUUUAAAUGUCAUCGAUGCCGGAACCAUUCCUACGCCUAGAAAUCUUUUAAAAGCACGUGAUUUACAAGUCUCUACAGAUGGAAAAUGUGGUGCAACAGCUGGAAAGCGAUGUCCGGAUGGAUUGUGUUGUUCUCAAUAUAAUUUCUGUGGUUCUUCUUCCGCAUACUGUUCAACUGGAUGUCAAUCGUCAUUUGGAACUUAUGGAAGAUGUGGUGCAACAGCUGGAACUCGAUGUCCGGAUGGAUCGUGUUGUUCUCAAUAUAAUUUCUGUGGUUCUACUUCCGAUUACUGUUCAACUGGAUGUCAAUCGUCAUUUGGAACUUGUGGAACCCCAACCCCAGGAUCUGGUGAAGUUGAACAGUUUGAUAAAUGUACCAAAUCAAACACCAUCGCACUAACAUUUGAUGACGGUCCACGAAACGUCACCGCAAAAUUGCUUGAUGACCUUAAAGCAAAUAAUGCAAAAGCCACAUUUUUCAUGAACGGACAUGCAUUCCCAGAACAUUGCAUUUAUGAUUACGCCGCUAUUUUACAACGAGCAUACAAAGAAGGACAUCAAAUAGCUUCACACACAUGGUCACACCCUCAUUUAACACAAGUAUCAGAAGCCGAAAUCAAUUAUCAACUUGAACAAAAUGAAAUAGCAUUCAAAAAGAUUAUUGGCGCAAUCCCGAUAUACGCCCGUCCACCAUUUGGAGAACACAACGCAUUAGUACGUAAAGUGUUGAAACAACGAGGAUACAAGAUGAUUAUGUGGGAUAUUGACACUUUAGAUUGGCAAGGGGAUUUACAACAGUCUAUUAGAAUCUUUGAUAGUGAAAUGAACAGGUCACCUCAACCUAAUCUUCAUAUCGUGUUAAAUCAUGAUAGAGUUGAUACCACUUCCACUACCCUCGGACUUUAUGAAAUUAAGGAUGGUUUAAAGAGGGGGUAUAAAGUGACAACAGUUGGCGAUUGUGUAGGACAAUCUAAUCAAAAUGAUUGGUAUAGAGAUAUUGGUGAAUUUCAAACACCCGAUAGUACAUGGAAAUAUUAA